GCGAAGUGAUUUCUUUAAUAUUUCAGAUUAUUUUAGUGCCGAAUCGCCAUGCCUAACCACCGAAAUGCAUGCUCAAUAUGUUUCCUUAUUUUAAUUGUUAUAACGUGUGACGGUACGAGCUCAAACGAGGGUCCCAUGAAUAAAGAUGGUUCCAUUAAUAUAGAACCUGUUUUAAGUGGCAGCAAAUCGGAAGAGGAGCAAAAAAAACCAAUAGAACGGGAACGCAGUUCUUCAGAAUCAGAUGAAGAGAAUUCAGACUCAGAUAGAUCUGAGGCCGAGGUUGAUUCUGGACCAAAAAUGACAAGAGGUAUAUUACGCGACCAAUCUGCCAAUGGGGAAGCUUCGGAUGAGCGGCGCAAAAAACGUCAUGCAUUUUUUUACCGUGGUGCGCUGCGAAGCUAAACCUGUGCGCUGGGAAGAAUAGAAAACACUGAUUGCAAUAUACCUUAGUUGAAUGUA